AGGGACGACCAGCUCCUCAAACACCUCAAGCUCUGGGUCUGUAGUGGGGAGCCCCUAGUGCCCAGCUUGGUGAAACACUUCUUCAACCACUUCGAAGGCACCGAACACGUCAUCUGCAACUUCUACGGAAGCACCGAGGUCAUGGGUGACGUGACCUACGAGAAGAUGAGCGCCUUCAAGGGGGAUUUAGUUCCUAUCGGUCUGCCGGUGGAUAACAGCGUGGUCUACCUGCUGGACAAGAAACUCAACCCGGUGCCCUCCGGACAGAUCGGCGAGAUCUACUGCUCCGGACUCAAUCUAGCGUCAGGCUACGUCAACAACCGUGACGCGGACCGCUUCAUCGCCAAUCCUCACACGGUAGAGCCUCAGUACGCUCUUCUCUACAAGACCGGUGACUACGGCAAGAUCGUUGACGGCACCUUGGUCUACGAGGGCCGAACAGAUAGUCAGGUCAAGGUCCGGGGUCAUCGGGUCGACAUGAGCGAGAUCGAG